CGAAGACGAAGAAGAAGAAGUGUUUUUUGAUAUUGAAUCAUAAAUAUAUAUCUAUGGCAAAAUGUGGCUGGCUUGUUCGCGGUAGCUCCGACUCGACGCAUCGGUUCAUAAGUAUCAUAUAGUCCUCACCAAGAACCACCAAACAGUCUCAUAAUGUCGAAGACCAAAUUGGCAAAACACGAACGAAGGCUUGGACACAGCACUUGAAGCUGAAUUUUUUUUUUUUUUUUUUUUUUUUUUUUUUGAUUUCUGUAAAAUCUGCCUUCUUUUUCAACGGAAAAGUGAUGAAUAUAUUCACUUUUUCCCUGAUGUUAGGAUGUGUAUGCCUGUUCUUCGUGUAUGGUGCGUCUGCUGUUGAUCCAGACAGAGCGUCAGUGUCAGUGAUGGAGGGAGAUACAGUGACGUUACACACUGGUGUUGAAAUGAACCAAAGAGACAGAAUGAUAUGGAUUUUUGGAGAAGAUCGCCUAGCUAUAAUUAAUGGAGAUAAACAUGAGCUCUGUGAAGAUGUUGAGUGUAAAGAGAGAUUCGGAGACAGACUGAAGCUGGAUCAUCAGACUGGAUCUCUGACCAUCACAAACAUCACAAACACAGACUCUGGACUUUAUAAUCUGAAGAACACCACCCUCAACACUGACAAUAUCUUUAGUGUUACUGUAGAUGGUGUUUCUGCUGCUGAACGAGAUAAAAUGAAGAGAAAGUCAGUGGAGGAGGGAGAAUCUGUCACUUUAGACACUCGUGUAAUAGAAAAACCAACUGAUGUGAUGAGAUGGAAUUUUAAUGACUCGCUCAUCGCUGAAAUCACUGGAGAUCAGAGUAAGAUCUGUUCAGAUGAUGAGUGUAAAGAGAGAUUCAGAGACAGACUGAAGCUGAAUCAGACUGGAUCUCUGACCAUCACAGACACCAGAACCACAGACUCUGGAGAAUAUAAACUACAGAUCAUCAGCAGCAGAUUCACCAUCAUGAGGAGCUUCACUGUUACUGUCUCUGAUGUUUCAGAUUCAGGAUCGUCUUCAGCUGCAGUUGUUGCUGUUGUUGUUGUUGUUCUUCUUCUUCUGCUCGUUGCUGCUGUGGUUUACUACAAGCACCAAGCAAUAAUGCAAUUCAUCAGGAGGCAGCGCGAGAGACAGGAGCGCCGUGAACAGAGAGAUGAUGCUCAAGCCCCUGAACAGAUUGAAACUCUAAUGCAGAGGUCUUCUACUGGGACAUCUCGUGAGACGGAGGCUGCUGGUGAGACGGAGGCUGCCGGUGAGACGGAGGCUGCUGGUGACACUGAGGCUGCUGAUCAGUCACAACUGUAACAUUAUUCUUUUAUUGAAAGGGAAAAUUAAGAGAAGAUGGGACAUUAGAGAAGAGCAUCAGCAGAAAUUCUCAUUGUUCACAGAAACUGUCACAAUAUCAAGGUGUCAGUGUCAUUAAUAUUAGGGAUGCACCGGUUGACCAGCCAUAAAUCGGAACCGGCAGGUUUUUGCUUAAAAAACGUGAUUGGCAGUCGGACGGUUUUUGGUCUUUUUUCGGCCAGUUUUUCCGGAAGUGGUCCCACGUGCACCUACUACAUUGUAAUCGUUCGCUAUGUCAUUAUGGAAGUAUUUCGAAAUCUGUGCGUAGGACACAGGCAGCCGAUCAGUACUGGAAGUGCAGAACUUCAUGUCUGAGGCACAGAUGGCAGGAAGUGAACAGCAGCUUGUGUACUGCAGCUCAAAUAAGAGCCCCUCUUCUGCACGCACUGAAGCUGCACGAGGGUAUACUGUACCGGUCCGUGCCCUGAACACGACUAGACCGUGAUGAGAUGUUCAGAUCAACUUCUCACGUGUUGGAUGAGAAACGAAAUGGACUAAACUGACAAAACUGAAAUGUGUUUUUCUUUUUUUUUUUUUGUAAAGUAUAACUUGCAUACACGUUUGAAAAGUCAGAAGUAAACCUCAGUUCUGUAUAGGAUGAUUAUUUUUAUUUUACCUUGAAAUUACAUUGACUUAAUUUGAUUUAUAAAUCACUUGCUGUAACACACUGAAAAAAAGUGUUUCAUUC